GCCGCAAAACAUUUCGAGAAUUUCUCCCGGACGGCUGCGGAAGGAGGAUCAGUCGGUCCGGGUGGCUCGCUGGGAAAAGCCCAGCUUCGUUCGGUGCAUUGAAAAGAAAGGGCGAAACAGCUUUUGCACGCUUUUCCUUAACGCGGGCUCAGCCAGUUCUCUCAUUGUCCUUGAAGACAUUCCGGAAGCUGUAUAUUGAUCUUUCAUUCACUGCAAAGCUCUGUGGAAUCAAGUUAUGUCAACAGCUGCUUUAAUUAAUUUGGUUAGAAAUGGAGGGUAUCAAGUGAGAAGGAGAGCGCUGCUGACAUCCCGUCUCUUGGCAGACGACAAACGCUUGACUGCCGUGUGCCAGAGCUCCACCACAGAACGCCGGGCUUCCCGCUUCGAUCCAGACGGCAGUGGGCGUCCAGCCACAUGGGAUGCUUUUGGUAUCUGGGACAAUCGCAUUGAUGAGCCCAUACUCCUCCCACCCAGCAUAAAGUAUGGGAAGCCGAUUCCCAAAAUCAGUCUGGCCAAGGUGGGCUGCGCAAGUCAGAUUGGAAAGCGGAAGGAAAAUGAGGACCGGUUUGAUUACGCGCAGCUGACAGAUGAUGUCCUGUAUUUUGCAGUGUAUGAUGGGCAUGGCGGGGCUGCAGCAGCUGAUUUCUGUGCUAAGUACAUGGAAAAGUACAUUCAAGAAUUCCUUUCUCAGGAGAAGAAUUUGGAAACCGUGUUGACCCAAGCUUUUCUAGAAAUAGACAACGCGUUUGCGAGGCAUGCUCACUUAUCUGUGGAUGCAACCCUGCUGAACGCUGGGACCACUGCCACAGUGGCCCUGCUGCGAGAUGGUAUUGAACUGGUUGUGGCCAGUGUUGGGGACAGUCGUGCACUGUUGUGUCGAAAGGGAAAGGCCCUAAAACUCACCAUUGAUCAUACUCCAGAAAGGAAGGACGAGAAGGAAAGGAUAAAGAAAUGUGGUGGCUUUAUAGCGUGGAACAGUCUGGGGCAGCCCCAUGUGAAUGGUAGACUUGCAAUGACACGGAGUAUAGGAGAUUUGGACCUUAAAAGCAGUGGAGUAACAGCAGAGCCAGAAACUAAAAGGAUUCAGUUGCAUCAUGCAAGCGAUAGCUUCCUGGUCCUUACUACAGAUGGCAUUAACUUCAUGGUGAACAGUCAAGAGAUAUGUGACUUUAUUAACCAGUGCCAUGAUCCCCCUGAAGCAGCCCAUGUUGUGACUGAGCAGGCUAUACAGUAUGGUACUGAAGAUAACAGCACUGCUGUCAUAGUACCAUUUGGAGCAUGGGGAAAAUACAAAAACUCUGAGAUCAACUUCUCAUUCACCCGCAGCUUUGCCUCGAGCGGAAGGUGGGCAUGAGGACCUGCUGGAAUCAGAUUUUCUGUGCAAUAACCUGUAUGCCGCAUGCUACAGGAGAACACAUCUUGCCCAUUUAUUUUUCUCCCACUAUUGUACAAAAUAGUAAGCUUACUGCUUUCUGGGUAACAAACCCUCAUCAUGUACAUGUCCCAUUUUACCAUUUUUAUUGAUAUUUUCAGAUUUUAGGCAAGUGUUCAUUUUACUGACUUUUUUGGUUUCCAAUCCCAGAAGAUGAUGGGUAGUCCUGUGCAGAUGGACUAGGUGCAGGGCAGUAUUCAAUACAUGUUUUAUUCUGACUGAUUUAUCUAGUCCUCUGUGAAAGAUUGAUACGCUGGAUAGACUGAGCCCUGUGCUCCCUUCUGUGCACAAAACACCGGGGAGGGGAGCAAACACGUAAUCAUGAGGAGACGAAAGAUGCCUGUUUUGUCUUCCCCUGUGUCACAGCCACCAAAAAAGUCCCUCUGCACUUCAGGAGAAGCAUGUGAAAAAUAGUGGCAUGGCUAGAGAGGAUUGAGGAAGAGGCUAUUCUAUGCAGCAAGCUCCUCUGACACAAUAGUGUAAGUUUAGCCCAAAAGUCCUGUCUAUAUUAAUGCUGCUAAGCAGAACAAUACCUUGACCUCCACGCUCUGCAAGUCAAAGUAUGUGUGCAGGCCAGGAGCCUGGCAGCCAAGGCAGAUAUGCUGCCACUGGGGGCAGAGGGGAUUCCCUACAAUGGCCUGGAGUUUGUGAGGUCCCUGCUGUCCUACGUCUCUGGCCAAUGUGUGAUUUGGAGGCCACAUUGCAGUCCUCUGUGUAGACCCCUGGCACAAUUUCACUGAGAGGAACAGGAAGCUGGUCUACAGGGGUGCAAAAAGCUGCAUAUUUUUCAAAUUAAGAGGUACUGUGAACUUGAAUUCCAUUUUUUAAUGAUUUAAUUUCUAACUAUUCCAUUUUCUAGUAGAGCUCCCUGGAAACAGUGCAACAGGAAUGUUUUAAUUCUUUAAAAAAUGAGUAAGGGCUUUUGUGCUCUCCAGAAAAGCCAGUUGCUAGUUGACUGUGCACAGGAUGCCAUCAAGUGCACAGAGUAAACUGGAAAAAGGGGAGUGUGUUGGGGCGCAACACUCACUGCUGAACUGGCGCCUCCUCCUGGUUACUCUGUGGAUUAGCUCAAGGAUGACAUCCCCCGUCUGCAGUCUGCACCCCAUCACUCUGUCCCACGUCUGCUGGCGGUCUCUCCAGGAACUGCCACGUCUCUCUGGCCAUGUCACCACCUGUUUUCCCCUUCUGGGAGUCAGUACCUUGCAGUCCAUUCGUCCACCCAUUUCCAUCCGUGGCAAAUGUGGGGAACCCAGGCCCGUCUACUACUACAGGUCCCAACCCAGGGACUCUGUAGUUGGCAGCCACAUGCUGCGUCCCCUCUGACUGGUCAGUACAUUUCCCUGGGCCACUUCCCCCCAGCCCCAGCACCUUGUUCCCCUUUACUUCAGGGCCCCUGCUCCAGAGCCAGGUAGGAGCUCCCUCACUCCGGUCCCUGCCAGCAGCUGCCCUGUCCAUGGUGCUAUCGCCUCUUUUAGCUGCUAGGAACCCAGUCCUUACCCCUGGAGCUCCAGGCCAUGACUGCCCAAAUGUGGCCCCGCAGCUUCUUUUACAUGAGCCCUGCUGACCCCUCUCAGAUUGGUUGCAAUCCACGCAGCCACUCUAGGCCGCUCUGAGGCCUCCCCUCCACUACUUCCUCCUGGGGUUAACCCCUUUCAUGCCAAUGUGGGAUAGACACCCCACCACAGGAAGAAAUAC